UUGGGUUCAGUGCUCCUGCCGAGAUCCAGGGCUCUGACCAUAAUACCCAUUUUACCUGAAGUAGAGAGAAACUCACAGCAGGAUCAGGAUAAAUAAGGGUAAUGUCAAAGGCUGAAGCUUGGGUUGGGACCUGGAGGCCCCACAAGCCAAGAGGGCCAAUUGCUGCCCUCUAUGGUAGUCCAGGACCUAAGUAUGCACUCCCUGGACUCACAGGUAUUUCUAAACAUGAUCCUACGAAAUACAAAGCACCGAUGUUCAGCUUUGGGAAACGUCAUGACCACAAGUCUGAUACCGAGAGCCCUGGACCAACCUACCUCAUCCCCUCCAACGUCACCAGAGUGGGCCGAGACGGCACUCCGGCAUUUUCACUCCACAGCCGUCCAAAGGAGCCACAAAUUUUCCGGGUCCCUGGACCAGGUAAAUACUCCCCAGAGAAUUCAGAAAAGUUGCUCUUCCGCUCUGCACCUGCUUAUUCUCUGUCUGAGAGGUGCAAAGACGUCAGCAAUUUCCAAACACCAGGUCCAGCCUCCUACUCUCUGCCCUCAGUGCUGGGGCACAACACUGUGGUGACAUCUUCAGCUCCCACAUUCUCGUUCUGUGGCCGCAGCAAUAAUGGAAGCUUCCAUGAGGACCUGAAGAAGACUCCUGGCCCUGCUGCCUACAAUGUUGUUGACCCUCGCAUUUACACACAAAAACCUCCCCAGUUUAGCAUGACAGGACGCAACUUCCCACCUGGUGAAACCACAAAGAAACCAGGACCAGGUGCACAUUGUCCUGAGCAGGUAACCUUCACAAGAGCCAAAGCUCCAAGCUUCUCUUUUGGACUGCGUCACUCGGAAUUCCUCUCACCCUUAAUCAUAAAUGACCCUGAAUAAUGUCAAGUAGGAAUUCUUGAAAAUUCCCACAGCAUAAAGCACAAAAAGCACAAUAAAGCAAAAAAAGCAAACAGUAAAGGCUUAUUGAGAUCAGAUUGUAUUGCCAUGGUUGCCCUAUUCUAUUAGUAAUUAUCACUUUUUCAGGGUUAUGAACACU